AAAUCCUGUCCUAUAGGCGUGGCCUUCCACAACCCAGAGCUGAGGGUGGGAGGCUGUGGAAAGCCAAGUUCAUCCACUGUCCAAACCCAGGCCAGGCUGCCAAGGGUUACAGCCAAGACGACAGGAUCCAGAUGAAGGGGCAUCACCAGUCAUGAAGGCUUCCUUCCAGGGUUCCAUCAAGGCCAGAGGAUCCAGAUGCAAGUAGCAGGAGGAGUGGAAAGGAUGGGAGAGUGUGCUUCCCCUUUGGGUGAGGUAGUUGAUGUGGAAACUCCAAGACGGCCCCCGGCCAACACAUCCUGUCCUCUUGCGUCAGCUGCAGGCUCCGUCCUUGCACCCACUGGCUCCAGGACGGCACUGGCAGGAGGGCCUGGCCAUGGCCCCUCACCCCACCACCGUCCUGGGCCUCGCCCUGUGAGGAAACCAGGGGCUGGGCGUUUUCCUCACUAGAGCUUCUCUUCCAGUGCUCUGUCUGGGCCAGAUGAUUCACAUGCAAAAUGGGCUCCUGCCCGCACCCUCCAUCAGAGCCCAGCCAGGCCCUGUGGUCCCCCGAGGGCGGCCUGUGACUAUCCUGUGCCGGGGCCCUGCUGGGGCUGACCUAUUCCGCCUGGAGCAUAGAUCUGCAUACACGGAUCAGAAAAUCACGUCUCAACAUGGAUCACCGGGAGCGGAGGCCCGAUUCCCCAUCCGCGCAGUGAGUGACAUCACUGCUGGGCCUUAUCGCUGUGAAUAUAGGAAACGGUACCGCUGGUCUGAGCGCAGUGAGGCCCUGGAACUGGUGCUGACAGAUGAGGAAGUCCCCGCUCUGCCCUCAGGCCUGCCGACACAGUACGUUUAUGUUCUCACUGGGGUCUCCGUGGCCUUCCUCCUUUGUCUUCUCCUCCUGGUCUUCCUCUUACUCCACCGUCAGCAUCAGAAAAAACACGGGCCCCUCAGCAACAAGGGUGAGGAGCAGAGGCCCCAGGAGAGGCUCAGCCCAGCUGCUGACAUCGUAGAGAGGACACCAGAUAUUGCCACAGUUGAUAAACUUCCUGAGAAGGACACCCCGAGCCCUGCUGCAGGAGACACCCAGGAGGUGACAUAUGCCCAGCUGGACCACCGGGCCCUCACACUGAGGGCGGCCAGAGCUGUGUCCCCACAGGCCACGGAGCCCACGGCUGAUUCCAACACAUACGCAGCCCUUGCCAGACGCUGAUCUCAGGCCCACGUGUAUUCUGCACCUAGAGACACAGGAAGUCGCUCUUGAAAAAGUCUAAAGUAGCCACUUGGAGGGCUUCCCUAUGAAACCAUCCCUUCCUGGAAUGUCCUCCAGUCAGUUCUCCUGGAGACAAGAGCUGGAGUCUGGAGACCUAAUCAACAUCUAGGAGAUUCAUUAACCAGGCAGCCCCUCCUAGGAUCAACCAGCUCCUUGGAACCCCCAUGUAGCACUUGUUUCCAGAGACCCAGCUACAGGUGCUGGUUGUUUCCAGACACCCAGCUACUGUUGUCCAGCAGUUUCCAGGCACCCAGCUGCAGUCAUUUGGCUGUUUCCAGAGACACAGAUACAGUCCUACAGUCACCCAGCUGAUUCCAGACAUGCCCUGUGAAUCCCCAACUUCCCCAGAGACUGUUUUAACCAUUUUCUUCUCAGCUGACUCUGAAGACCUUCCUCGAGUCCAGUUUUUGACUUUGAACCUGGGCUAUACUUGUGCAACUCAUAGCUGGGGCCCCAUUUUCCUGAAUCCUGCUUCACCUUGUUCAUCAAUAAAUGCUUUCA